AUGAAAUGAAUCUGCGCCCUCUGCGAUUUCGACCUAGGUAGAUUGAUAAACUACUGAAUAGAUAUAUAGCAAACCAAGACCGCAACUGCAACUAGGUACUCCGUCCGCACUCCACAGAUAGGGUACCUUUAUGGAGGACACGGUGAACGACACCACCUGGGCAUCAUCAUCAUCACUUCAGCCAUCCAACUUUCCCCGACUGCCCCUGCCUCGCCUGUCUCCCCUCCCUCCAUGCCUCACGCCGGAAAACCAAAAACCAAGAAAAGGGAAAAGGGGAAAUGGCACUACACUCAACAUAGCCCGACAGCAAAACCCAAAACACAACACUACCUUACACUACCCUACCCAAGCCUACCCAACCUCCCCAUCCCUAACCCCUCCGAAGAACCCACUUCACAACAACCACUCAAGCCAUCAAACCCCAGCAAAGCCUACCAGCAACCGAAAACUGGAGGCUGGGCACAUAACCCACCUAACCACGCCGAACACCCAAGUCCCCCCGCACGGCAGGGCAGCGCAGGCCAGGCCAUGCCAUGCCAUGCCAUCCACGCGCAAUCGCAAUCGCAAUCGCAAUCGUAACCGCAAACAAUCAAGUUAGCUCCAGGCAGACCAAUACAUACCACAGUAAGCUAAACUAGACCAUUAUUAUUGAAGAUCGAGAUACUGUGUACUGUUUAAACUCUAGCCGGGGUUCCACCGAGAGCUUUGCCGGCCGCGGCGGGCGAUGGUGGGUGGCGGCGAGGCCGGCGGCUAGUAGCUAGUACCUAGGCGCCCUCUCCUCUUCAAUCUUGCUGUGUGCUUAUUAUUUUAGUGUGUGCGGGAGAAAGAAGGAGGGGAAAGAGAGUGGCUAUGCGUGCGCGUCGAUAAUGAGAGAUUAUCUAAUACGAAGGGGAGAGUGGGGUGAGGCAAUGGAGGGUAAGGGCAGGGGAGGGGAGGUUGGUGUCGAUAUCCAUGGGGCCAUUAUCGAUAGUCUAUUCGGCCGGAAAGCUUGUUGAGAAAUGACCAUAAUUAUGAUGAUGGUGAUGAUGAUGAUGAUGCGCAUGACAACCCGAUCAUGAACAAA